CCGCCUCUUUCUAGAGCAGAAGCAUUCGCUUUGUCCCGGGUUCAGCGAAGAAUCCAAUCCCUACAGAAUUUGCAAAUUCUCAAUUUCCACAGUACGUGUUUCUUCAAAUCAGUCUCAUUUUCAAGAGCUCAGACAAUCUUAAAUGGAGCAAGCUCGCAGCACAAUCGGAAAACCAGUGAAGACGAAGUUCGAAGACCCCGAAUCAUCACCUUCCUCUUCUUCCGAAGAUGAAGAGGAGGAGGAGGAGAUAGAGGAGGAGCUUGCAGAUGUGACAUUCGGGGAUUUGCAGAGGGCGCGCUCCAAUGGGUCGCAUGUAGUGUUGCCGAAGCCCAAAGAAGAGAAGAAGGGUGGCCGAGCAAACAAGAACCGGCCAAUGGAGGUGAGCUGCAAGAAGCCUGUCAGUAGAUUUAGAGAGGUCAUUCAAGCUCCGAAAAAGGUGGUACGUGAUCCGCGUUUUGAAUCUUUAUGUGGAACUCUGAAUGUUGAUGGGUUUAGGAAGAGAUAUGAUUUUUUGUUUUCAAACGAGCUUCCUGCUGAAAAGCAGGAUCUAAAGAAACAAUUGAAAAAAUCGAAGGAUCCAGAAGUCAUUGAAGAUCUAAAGCAGCGCAUAUCUUGGAUUGAUAAACAGCUAAAAUCUGAUUCAUCUAAGCGCACUGAAGCUGAAAUUCUAGCUGAGCACAAGAAAAAAGAGAGAGAAAAAGCAAAGCAAGGAAAACAACCCUUCUUUAUCAAGAAAUCUGAGAUCCGAAAGAAACGACUUGUUGAAAAGUACAAAAAUCUCAAGGGAUCUGGCAAGCUUGAAGCCUUCUUGGAGCAAAGGCGAAAGAAGAAUGCUACAAAGGACCACAGAUACAUGCCGUACCGUAGACCUGACAACAUUGAGUAGCAAACUUAAUGGUCUCACUUGGUUGCAUUGAAGAAGCAUAACUUUAAUCCCAUCUUAGGAUUUCUAGGUAUUGAUGGGGUGUUUCCUUGAGCUGUAAUUUGGUUAACAAUUUUGUUGAAUACGAAAAAAAAGAAGCGGUUAUGAGACUUGA